UCGACAGAGAAACCAGUUUGUCUUCUUGUGCUAAGCGGUAACAGAAGCGGAGUAUCUGAGUGUCCUCUGUAGCUGCUCGACAUGUUUAAAGUCGUUUCCUGUCUCAGUGGCCGGUCAGUUUUAACAGGACAGUCCUGCUCACCGCCCAGUUUGGCCAAACUCCACUUGGCAAGUGGUGCAUUAUGUCAGAAAUCAGCCUUCAAAAGCCCUCCCACAGACCUGCCAGAGAUGCCCCCAUGCAAUUUCAGUCCAGAGGAAUACAAGGGCAUGUCAAAAGAGCGGAUGAUGGAGAUCCGCAGACAGAACUGUAACCCCAUGACCAUGAAAGUUACAUAUUAUAAGAAACCAGUGUUUGUCCACCAGGGACACAUGCAGUGGCUGUGGGAUGUGGAUGGGAGGCGAUAUCUGGAUCUGUUUGCUGGUGUGGCCACUGUCAGUGUGGGCCACUGCCACCCGAAAGUAACAGCAGCUGCUGAGCAGCAGCUGAAAAAAUUGUGGCAUACUACUAACAUCUAUGUCUAUCCUGCUCUCCAUGAGUAUUGUGAGAAACUAGCUUCCUACUUCCCAGAUCCUCUUAAGGUGAUAUAUCUGACCAACAGCGGCUCAGAGGCCAAUGACCUGGCAAUGCUGAUGGCUCGGCUCUACACAGGAAACUUUGAUAUCAUCACUUUAAGGGGAUCCUACCACGGUGGCAGCCCACAGACCAUGGGUCUUACUUCCAACGCAGCCUAUAAAUACCCCAUUGCCAACGGUUUAGGCUGCACAAAUACCAUGUGUCCUGACGUGUUCAGGGGUCCAUGGGGAGGAAGCCACUGCAGGGACUCUCCUGUGCAGACCGUCAGACAGUGUAGCUGUGCCCAAGGUCACUGCAUGGCAAAUGAACAUUAUAUUGGACAGCUCAAAGAAACAUUGGCCACAAGUGUCCCAAGCAGAAUCGCUGCUUUCUUUGGAGAGCCUAUUCAGGGAGUUGGAGGAGCUGUGCAGUACCCUAAAAACUACCUGAAGGAAGCCUACAAACUUGUAAGAGAGAGAGGAGGAGUCUGCAUUGCUGAUGAGGUUCAGACUGGAUUUGGGCGAACUGGGACCCACUUCUGGGGUUACCAAGGCCAUGACGUCAUUCCUGAUAUGGUUACGAUGGCGAAGGGCAUCGGCAAUGGAUUCCCAAUGGGAGCUGUGGUCACAACACCAGAAAUUGCAGCCUCGUUCGGCAAGGGGGUUCACUUCAACACCUUCGGAGGAAAUCCUGUGGCUUGUGCCGUUGCUUCAUCGGUGCUUGACACUAUCAGAGAGGAUGGCACACAGAAGAUCAGUCUGGAUGUGGGCACCUAUCUGAUGACAGAGCUGGCAAAGCUCAGAGACAAGUAUGAGAUCAUCGGCGACGUCCGUGGAAAAGGCCUGCAGAUCGGAGUGGAAAUGGUCAAAGACAAGGACAGCAGAGAUCCGCUGCCUCCCGAGGCGAUGGCAGAGAUCUUUGAGGAUGUCAAGGACAUGGGAGUCCUGAUAGGGAAAGGAGGAGUCUACGGACAGAUCUUCCGCAUCAAACCUCCCAUGUGCAUCACGAUGGAAGACGCAGAUUUCUUCUUGGCAGUUUUUAACAAGUCCAUCCACAACUACAUGGAAAAAAGAUGAAAGCCAGAUACUGGUCAGAUGAAUUUCUCCGUGCCAAGGUCCAAACAUGCUCAGCAGUGAUAUGCAUUUUUUGUACAUCUUUUAAAAUGUGAAAAUGUCAGAAUUAAUCAUUAUGACCUUCUCAGGAAGACUACUUCUGUUAUUGCCUUUGCAUAGGCAUCAUGAAAAUGAAUGUUUUUAAAAGUAUUAUGAACUAUGUUGUAAUUACAAAGACUUAACAGACAUGUAACACACUUCACUACUUAAAUGAAAGGACAUUUUCAAUAGUGCCAUUCUAAAAACUGACUUUACUUUUGGACCUACUGAAUGUGGAUUUCACAAGCUAACAAAAGACAGCUUUCUUGAAACAAUGGGACAAUAUUCAGUUGUAUUAGUAACAAACAUCCACAUGCAAGAACCAGGACUGUUCACUAAAGUGUGCUUACUGUAAUAUGAAAUAGAAAAUUGUUGCACUCAAAAAACUUGCAUACUGCAGGACUUUUAAUAAAACUUAAAGAGAUA